AAGACAGCAAUCAAUAUAAAAAACUAUAAGAGAUAAUGUUAAUAAGUACAAUAUGAGUAAACAAUAUGCUUUUCCAACAGAUGCCUGUUAUCUCACACUGGACACCAACACAGCAAAUGAAUACCUUUCUCUUUCUGUGGGAAAGAGGGAAAUUGAGGUGAAAUCAGAGUGGAAAUCCCAGGUAUACCUUGACCACCCAGAGAGAUUUGACCACUGCCCACAAGUUCUGUGUAGACAGGGUCUGUCCGGGUGCUGUUACUGGGAGGUUAAAUGGACUGGGAGUAAUGGAGUUCACAUAGCAGUGUCAUAUAAAGGAACUAGUAGGAAAGGAAACAGGUAUGACUCUCAUCUUGGGUACAAUGACAAGUCUUGGGCAUUGCACUGCUCUCCUUACAAUUUCUAUUUUAGGUAUAAUAAUAAUGAAAUUCCGGUUGAAGUACCUGUUCCCGGGCCCUCCACAAUAGGAGUUUACCUGGAUCACAGGGCAGGAACUCUGUCUUUCUACAGUGUCUCUAGGGACACAGUGACCCUCCUCCACAGAGUCCAGACCACAUUCACUGAACCCCUUUAUCCUGGGUUUCAUGUCUGUGCCUUAAGUUCUCUUAAACUCUAUUUUGGAAAGCACAAGCUGCUUAAUGCCGUGAAUCAGUUACAGGAGGAAAUCUGUUCCCAUCAUGACAAAGUGCUGGAGAUCUACCCCUCUACUGAUCAGCAGUGUAUCUGUUAUCAGCGUGUGAUGGACGAACACAGAGGACAUGCUUACAGGAGUGGUUGA